AUGGAUGGAGGGUUCUCGAUCAGUUUGAAAAAGACGAACAAGAAGCAGAAAAAGCGGACAAGCAAUGUCUUUGGGGAUGAGUUGAACAACGACGUUAAUAAUACUCGGGGUGCUGAAUUCACUUCAAAGAAGCAGAAGAUUCGCAUUACGCACAUUAACUCUUUAGAGGAGGAGAAGGAGCAAGAAAGCAAAGAGAAUGACCUGGUCAUAAAACUAUCCGGUGACAGCGGUGAGCCCGUGGAGGCAUUGACGACACAAGAGGAGUACAAGGAGGUGCCCGUUAGUUUGUUUGGGGAGGCUGUUUUGCGCGGGAUGGGCUGGGACGGUAAGAAGAAUGAUGCCGAUGGUCAUGGACAUUCCAAUAAAAAUACCCCCCCUGAGAAAUCGCAAUAUACCAAGUUUGUGCAUCCGGAGAGUCUCGGCAUUGGUGCAAAGAGUUCUCAGAUGGUGCCAGACACAGCCAGUUUCAUGCCAAUUAUACCAGUGGAUAAGGAUAUGGUCUCAAAACCGGAGACUGGGGUUGCUAAAAAAGAAUAA